GCUAGCCUGUUAGCUAGCAGGCUCGAUAAUGGAGUUAAAGCGAUUAAUAUGUCGUUAUUAUAUCUGAAGGAGACCUUAGGGUGAAUGGAAAGCUGCCGGUGUUCAGUGUUGUAAUGACCAGAAGAUGGACUUCAACAGGACUGUUCUGGUGACUGGAGGCUCUGGAUUCAUUGGCUCCCAUCUUGUAUGUUCGCUGGUGAACAGGCACCCUGACUGGAGAAUUAUCAACUUAGAUUAUUUGGAUUACUGCUGCAGCCCCAGGAGUCUGGAGAGUGUUGAAGACAGAGCAAACUACACCUUUAUCAGGGGAGAUGUGUGUAACUCACGGCUGGUUAAUCACAUUUUGAACACAGAAAACAUCGAUGUGAUCUUUCACCUGGCAGCCAAAACACAUGUCGAGAGGUCGUUUGAAACUCCGUCUAGUUUCCAGCGUGUUAACAUUGAUGGGACCAGAGUUGUACUGGGAGCCGCCCAUCAGGCCCGACACCAGCCGCAACGCUUUAUCUACGUCAGCACUGAUGAAGUCUACGGAGCCAGUCUAGACCAGGUGUUUGAUGAGAGCAGUCCAGUGAGGCCCUCUAACCCGUAUUCUGCCACUAAAGCAGCUGCUGAGUACCUGGUCCAAUCCUACUGGGACAAAUAUAAGUUUCCUAUCAUCAUUACCAGGAGCAACAACAUCUACGGGCCCAGGCAGUACACUGAGAAGGUCAUUCCGAGGUUUCUCACCCUCUUGCAAAGGAACAAGAAAUGCACCAUCCAGGGAACCCUGCCUAAAUCCCGCCAUUUCCUGUUUGUCGAUGACGCCAUCAACGCCUUUCUGUUGGUUCUGGAGAAAGGGAUUGUGGGAGAAAUUUACAAUAUGGGAACAAGCUGUGAGAUUCCUAUCAUGCAAUUGGCCGGGGAACUUGUUAAGAUGGUGAAGAAAGUGCCGGACUCUGAGGUAAAAGAUUGGCUCGAGUUUGUGCCUGACAGGCCGCACGUCGACCUGCGCUACCCAAUCACAUGUGAGAAGCUGCAGCAGCUAGGCUGGAGAGCAGAGGUGUCCUGGGCUGAAGGCAUCAGACAGACGGUCAAAUGGUACCAGGUCCACCCAGACUUCUGGUCCGAAUCAAGCGAGGACCAAGAACCAAUCCAAAGCCAGCUUGAAAAGGCGGAGUGAAAAGACACUCAAAGCAGUGACUUAUUUUCUACAAUUAUUUCAUGACACGGACGAUUUACCUCAAGUUACGAAAACAGAUGAUAUAAACCAGCUAGCUUCAUAGUAUAGUUAGAAUAGAUUAUUAUUGGACCAACAGGCCCUGAAGUGCUAGACAAUAGGAAGGCAGAGCCUCCCUUCAACCAAAGCAAAAGGUAUACCUGAAAAUGAGUGCACUUUAUUUUGAUAUUAAUCACGGAUUCAGCUUAUGUUGACAAGCAUCACACAGAUGCUGAAUGUACAGUGACAAACCAGAUAAGACCUAAGUAUUGCAUUUACAUGCACUCAAGUAACAGUUACUGUAAAUCAGUUGCUUAAGUGCAUGUAAACACACUAGCUCCUGCCAGGUUGGGUAGCAAGUUUUAGCAACUGUAGCUUUACAUUUCAAAUGCAGGUUUAGUCUUUUACAGCAGAAGCAUUAUUUGAUCAAGAUUAAGAAAACUGAUUUUUUUUUAAGCAGUAGCCUGAUAAUGAAAGGAUGAGAGGGGAACUCAAAGUCAAUUCAUCUGUCAUUUGUUUUACACACAUGGUAGAGAUGUAUUUCACAUUGUCCAGUAUCUAACUGCAAAUAAACUUGAUUAUUUAAUAACUUGAAGGUUUGUUUGACAUGCUUUUCUCAGAUAUUUAAAAUCUAAAAACACACAGAAGAAGAAGAAAUGGAUCAAAACACUUUACACUUGCAAAUCAAAACCUUUAUUUGGGGUAAAAUCAGAAUAGAUGCACGGUUUUCUUUUCUUCGUGCAGUGCUCCUCUUCGUGCACAACUGCUAAACUAAUACAUAAAGCAAAUACUAACUACCAGGCUGGAGGUGCAGUGUGUUCACAUUGAGGGGUCUGGCCAGUAAGCAAUGGCUACAACACUGGGCUUUAUCAUAUUUCAAUUCAGUCACUAAACAGCAAUCAAUUCUAAAUAUGACAACACUUUUUGUAAUAACCCUUGAAGUUUAUAAAAUUGAAAGUAAAAUAAAGCUGCAGUGUUGCAUUUUAUUUGGUGUCCUCAUUUUGUUUCCAUGAAUUAAGAUCAUGGCACCCAAGACCAAGGUGAUCGUUCACCUACGUGUGCUAAAACUACCAUAUCUUUGAAAUGUCAUUGAGAGCGGCUUUGCUGGGGCCGCAUUGCAUUCUGGUCCAUUUAAGGCUACUGUUGAUGGACAAAUUUGUUUCUGUAUAACUGCAGAAUGUCUGCAGCUAAAAGAUGGCAGAAGACUCAUAUGGCUCAGCUGCAAGUUAAGCAA